AUUAUUGCAACUGUUGAAUCAAUAAUACUUAGGAUUAAUGGUGAAAUUGUUGAAUUACAUUUUGAUUUUAAUAAUGCAGCUGAUGAUGACAUUAAACAUUUAGAUUCAAUUGUUCGUGCAUGUGAUGAAACAUUAAUUUCACGUGAUGGGUAUCGCAGAUUAGCACAAGCUAUUCCUAAUUUAACAAGAGAACAUGUAAUUGAAAAACGCCGAAAUGAAAUUACAAAAUCAAUGAAAAUACUUGUCCCCAUUAAAUCAUUUAAUAUUUGUAGUACUGCUAUUAAUAAUUAUGGAGAUGAUAGUCAGCAAAAUAUCAGUGAAGUAGAAUUUGAUGAUGAAGAAGUGGGAAAUGGUGCUUACCGUUCUAUUACAUCUCUAUUAGAUAUUAUAGUUCCAAUCUUGGCCACUUCAACAUCUCCUGUAUUAAAAAUUGGUAAUAAAAUUAAUAUAAGAAUAAGUGGAGAUGGAAGAAAUGUGGGGCGCAAGCAAAAACAUGUUAUACUUACUAUGUGCAUUCUUAAUGAAGGUGAAAUGGUUUUGAAUCCUACACAUCAAUACAGCAUUUGCUUAUAUAUAGGAAAAGAAUCUUAUGAUUCCUUAUCUACAGUAUCAGCCAUAUUUUUACAAGAACUUGAACAAUUAAAAACAAAUGGAUAUAAGGCUUCAAAUAAUACAAUUUGGCCAGUUGAAUUUUUUUUUUCAGGAUGCAAAAACACAAUGCUUUUUCAAGCACUUGAUCAAAAUAAUUGGAUCCCUGAUGAGUUGCAUCUCAUGUUACGAAUUUCUGAUGUACUCUUUCAAUGUUUAUUUUAUGAACUUAUGAAGCAUAAAGAUUUUGCAAAUAAUGUGCAGCCAAUGAUAAUUACAGAGAUGAAAAGACUUCACAUUCAUUUUGAAUUCUAUCUGCCUACUACAAAAAAUGGAAAAUGGGAGUGGACAUCUCUUAUGGGUCCUGACAAGAAAAAAAUACUGAAAGAAUUUCAAGUGGCACAUCUUUUUGGACGACAAUCUACAAGAGGACAAGAAAUUGAACAGCUUUGGCGUGAAUUUUAUCGGCUUUACAAAAUAAUUCGCCAAAAAUCAAUAACAGAUUUGGAAAUUGAUCAUGCUAAUCAGCAACAGGGAAUGUAUUUGCGCACAGAUGUCUCCCCAUACAUGCAUGUGUUCGCUCAACAUGUUUCCCAAUUUAUGCGAUAUUUGAAUCAAAAAGGAAUGGUAUUACGAUAUUUUUCAACAUCAAGUAUCGAAAAAAAAAAUCACCAACAGGUGCGAUUAUUCUUUGGAGGAACUAGAAUGGGUGGGGGUAAAUCAAAAAAACCUGUAGUUCAUGAUAUUUUAUAUUAUGAAAACCGGCAAUUGUAUUAUCAAAUGCAAGAUACACCAAUUAGGUAUACAAGAAAAUCAAUUGAAAUUAAAACUUAA